AUGAAUCCCUUGGCGUUCAUGGCCCCACAAUGGGCUCAGGGAGGGACGAACCAGAUUGGCUUCGCCAUGGCCAUCGCCGCCUUCAUGGUCGUCCUCACUAUGUUCCAGAACUUCCUCUUCAAGCAUUUCGGAGGAUACCUGGAGGGCUGCAUCCGCAAAAUAGUCAGCUCGAUGGACCCGUACGUCCAGAUCAAAUUCCACGAAGACACCUUUGACGGCGGACCACGAAACCGCGAGGCCUACACCGCCAUCGAGACCUACCUCAGCGAAAACUGCGCCUCCCAGGCGCCGCGUCUCAAGGCCAACGCCGAAGAGUACGUGAAGUACGUGAUGGAGAAGGGGAGAGCGAAGGUGGCGAAAAAUCGGCAGUUAAAGCUCUAUUCGAACAGUCGUAGCGAGCGAGAAGCUUACUGGAACUACAUGAAGGACUUCGACCACCCAGCGACGUUCAACACUCUGGCCAUGGAGAAAAAACAAGAAACAGGAAAUUAUCGAGGAUUUGGAGAGAUUUUCGACCGCACGAGAGUAUUAUCGGAGGAUCGGAAAGCCGUGGAAAAGAGGGUAUUUGCUUUUCGGUCCACCGGGGACGGGAAAAUCCACGAUGAUUGGGGCCAUGGCGAAUUUGCUGAGUUAUGA